AUGAAUAUCGAGAUUAGAGAGUUGGUUGGUUCUGUGUGUUUGGAUAAGGGAAGUCCACGUGUGACAGAGUACAGCGAAUUAGGUGCUGAGCUCGCCGAAAGGAGGGCAGAUGAUGGUCGUUUAUUGUUUUGUGCUGGAUCCAUUGCAAAUCAUCUGUAUUCACUGGAGUUCCUCGAAAGGUUCGAACUUUUCGAAUGUUUUAAAGCAGAAAUGUGUAACCAUCUUAAAACUAUUGGAACAAGUUAG